AAGUUGUUGGAGGAGGAGACAGAGAGGUCAGAGACAGAGACGAGAAGGCCUUUGCUUUGCUUUUCUUUUCCUUUUGAAAAAGCAAAGUUAAGAAACAACCCCUUUUAGAUUCUUCUGCUGCUUCUUCAACUUGUCCUACUACUACUACAACCUUAUUAUCUCUUUACUCUCUCCCUCUCUCACAUAUAUACUUACUUAUCAGACUGCUUGGAGAAUCUUUGUUAGCAAUGGACCAGCAUUAACAUAUAUUUCUAUGUUCUUGUGAAACAUUGUUUUAUUUUUAAUCUUGAGAAUCUAAACUGAAACAAUGACGAAGAUCAGUCCUGAGUUUGAAGAGGAGAUGCAGACAGAAGAAGUCCUUCAGGUUUCAGUUGAUGUGAGCUUUGCUUCUAAUCAUUUUCCGAAGUAUAAAUUAGGAGCUGACAAUCAAAUUUUGGAAGAGCCAAAAGAGGACAACCAUGGUCCAUCCUUGAAGGAGGUUGUUGAACAGGAAACUGUCAGUCUGUCAGAGCAGCAUAAGCGUCUCUCAGUUCGUGACCUUGCAAGUAAAUUUGACAAAAACUUGUCUGCUGCUGCUAAGUUGUCUGAUGAGGCAAAGCUUAGGGAGGUGGCUUCUUUGGAGGGACAUGUUCUUUUGAAGAAGCUUAGAGAUGCAUUAGAGUCUCUAAGAGGCCGUUUGGCAGGACGAAACAAGGAGGAUGUGGAGAAAGCUAUCUCUAUGGUGGAAGCUUUAGCAGUUAAGUUGACUCAGAAAGAAGGAGAAUUGAUUCAAGAGAAGUUUGAAGUAAAAAAGCUAGCAAGCUACCUCAAACAGGCUUCUGAAGAUGCAAAAAAGUUAGUUAAUCAAGAGAAAUCUUUUGCUUGUGCUGAAAUUGAGAGUGCAAGGUCCGUAGUGCAGAGAAUUGGAGAGGCCCUUGAAGAACAAGAAAGAAAUACCCAGGCUUCUAAAAAGCAGGAUGUGGAGGAACUAAUAGAGGAGGUUCAAGAGGGAAGAAGAAUAAAAUUGUUGCAUCAGCCAAGCAAGGUGGUUGACAUGGAAUAUGAGCUUCGUGCACUAAGGGCUCAAAUUUGGGAGAAAUCUGUAUUUUCGGUUAAGCUUCAAAAAGAGCUGGCAAUACGCAAGAGGGAUGAGGAGAACAAAUUCCGUUUAUAUGUCUUAGAAGGUUCUGAAAAUUUAGGUUCAUAUCUAAAACUAAAGCCUUGCUCAGACAAGGCUCCACAACUUCCAAAUUGUUCAAUUCAGUGGUACCGCCUGUCAUCUGAAGGCACCUGGAAGGAAAUUAUUUCAGGUGCCAACAAAUCCAUCUAUGCUCCAGAACCCUUUGAUGUUGGACGAAUCUUACAAGCUGAAAUUGUUUCAAAUGGCCAAAAAUUGACAGUCACAACUUCUGGUCCCAUUGAUCCAGCUGCAGGACUUGGAAGUUAUGUAGAGACGCUUUUACGAAAAUCUAACACUGAAUUCAAUGUAGUUAUUUCCCAGAUGAAUGGACAAGAUCACGCAUCACACUCUGUUCAUGUAUUUCAUGUGGGAAAGAUGAGAAUAAAGCUCAGUAGAGGAUGGAUUACAAAGGCUAGAGAAAAUUAUUCCUUGUCAAUGCAGCUAUGUGGAGGUAGAGGUGAUAUUAAUAAUUCAGCCAAGGCAUUGUUUUGGCAAGCAAGGAAGGGCCUCUCGUAUGUAUUAACAUUUGAAUCAGAGCGAGACAGAAAUGCAGCUGUUAUGCUUGCCAGGAAAUAUGCUUUUGAUUGCAAUGUCAUGCUUGCUGGACCGGAUGAUCAAGUAUAGAAGUUAACAUUACUGACUGAGUUUUUUUAAUAUGCAAGUACAAUCAGAUUUUCACUGUGUGAGAGUAAGAUGUGUGCAUUUGUCUUGUCAUAAGAUCCAUCUUUGUUAUAGUAAUUGGGCUUGCACUAAUAGGGUUGAAUCAUUUUAGGCAUGGUUUUUUGUUUGCCUAAUCAUUUGUUGUAACCAAUUUACCAUUUCAAUAUUAAUGGUUUCAUUUGUGCGUUGUGGCUGAUUUGCAUAUAUUGGCAGUUGUGUAUAUGUUGGCA